AUGUCUAUCCCCCCUGUGAAUUACCCGCUUUCCUGCAGCUACGAGAACUGCAAUGCCUUUCUCCGAGACAGUAAUCAUGCAAGCAAACACCGCCAUGAAUAUCACACUGCACCGGGCCCUGUCGUAAUAGGGGGAACGAUGUACAAUGUGGUGUGGGAAGGUAAACGUAUCAGAUGUCCCGUGGAAGGAUGCAAGUGCAGUUAUACUACAAGGUCAUCAUUCAAGAAGCACGUGGACUCCCCGAUCCAUGCACAGUCCCCCUCCCCCUCCCAGGGAGAAGUUGACGCUGUGACUGAUACUGGAACGUCAACCACCGCGGGUCGUGAUGAAAAGGCUUCUGCAGGAAGUGCUCAUGCAUUCGAGCCUCUCCACCAGGAACACAAUACACAGCAGGCAAUUUCAGUUCCGCCGGCCACCAUACUUCUUGAGCAGAUGAAGAGAGCUCAUCGUGUUACCCUUGAUGCUGGAGAGGAUUAUAUUUCCUGUUCUGCCCUCUUGGACUCUGUGGGCAUUUCUGAUAUGGUCGCUGGCCACCGCAAAGAGAAACACAAGCAAUCUUUGACAACUCUUCAGUUGUCUUCACUUGCCAACUAUGUAGAAGAGCACAAAAUAUUUCGCCGACAAGAGCAAGUCAUAAUCCCCGCUUCUGGAGGCCCUCCCGUCCAGCUCAUCGGCCCUCCCCGCAAUGCCCUUUUAUGCCAGAGUUCCCAGGACUGCGUUUAUGCCGUCUGCGACAAGGCUACCAUGCAAAAGCAUGCUAAAAACGUCCAUUUCCGAAGCAGUAAGGAUCCUCCCCUAUGCAAGGAAAUUCAAGUGCAGCAACUCUUCGAUUCUGUGGGAAGAGCCUACUUUGUGGUAGAUCCCAACGCCUCGCACCAGAAUAAGGACCUGGAAAAAGUGCUCAACGAUACUUUUAGUCCAUCUCUCUAUGUUCCGCUGGUACAGACAUCCCUGUCGCCUGAAGAGCGAAGGCCCCUCAUAAAGGCCAUGUCCUGGGAUAUAUUCAUGCCUGAUCUCCGUUCCGAUCCAGCUCAGGUUAAGGCGAUCCAAAUGCUGAAAGAGAAGCACAGUCCGGCGGAAUGCCAUGAUAUCUUCUCCGCCUUGAAGGACCUAAUGCAGGCACAUAUGGACAUGGCCGCCACUAUCCUAGAAGGAAAUCCUCACAAGCUGACACUGGCAAAGGCCCUCUUGCAUGGCAGCCAAGUCACAGAUAAAUCGGAUUACUGGGCUCCAAUCUCUGAUAAAAAUACGUCGUACUGCGAUAUGAUCUUCCAACUUCUCCGAGCGAUUGUCAGACUUAGAGUCCAAAUGGAUCAUCCCUCAAAGUUUAGUUUUCAGCUCGAUCCUGCACAGGAACAUGCCUUGGUCGCCCUUCUGGCACAUAUGAACUUCUCUAACAAUGCUCUGGACGAGACUGCCAUCACCAUGUUGCAUGAAUUUUUGUGGUCUUUGAUAAAUGCAGAAAGUUAUCAUAAAGGCGAGCCCUGGGCAAAUGUCAUCCAGCGUUUUAUUUGGUUAAAGGCCCUGCGACGCGACGGGAACUUUUACGAGGUCAUUGACUACACACCGGAUCUUGCUAAGUUGAAAUACUUCCUCAACAGCACGUGCCUUCUCCAUGCAUUGUGGUACCAGAGAGAAAGUGAACUGGACGAACUUGAACGAGUCAUUGCGGUCCACGAAGAGGUCUUGCGUGUAGGACGCCUAACUACCUUUAACAUGGUACACGAAUAUCAGCAAUAUGCUUCGGCCCUGGCAUUCGGACAAAAACGUGAGCCAAAAGUCUAUAUCGAUCCUGAAUUUGCCUGGCUCUCCAUUGGAACACAGACCAUGCACAUCUCCGAAUUUCGUCAAGGGAUUCAAACACUUCUGAAACAGGUCGAAGAAGGCUAUCUAAAGUUGACGCACGGGCGUAUCAUGUUGGAAGUCAUGCCUAACUGUAUUCACGAUGAUAUGACCAACUCCACAAGGGGACACUCCUUUGCGAUGCACGAGAGCUUUCAUCCACUCAAACUCAAGCUAUUCUGCCACCUUGUGGAGAAACAUCGCCUCGCCAUG